AUGUUAAAAGUAGUAGGUUUGAUCGUCACCAUCAUUCUGCUAUUUUAUCUAUUAAAUAUUCAUUCAAAAUCACUAUACAUUUUACAACUAUGGAAGAACAAGACUAUAUUUAAUGAUUCUAAAGAAUGUUAUAUUAUUUUACGUGAACGUAGUGGUCGACUUGGAAAUCGUUUAUUUAUGUUUGCAUCAGCUUAUGGCUUAUCACUGAAAUAUUCAUGUCAAUUAUACAUAGAUCGAAAUAUUAUAGAUGAACUUCAAAAAUCAUUUCAGAUUAAUCUCACAAAUUUAUUAUCAAAAUCACAAUUAAAUAACAUUACUUCAAUUACAAAAAUCUACAAUCAUUGUUCAUUCAUUCCUAAUCUUUUACAUUCAAACAAAAGUUAUUCGAUCGAAUUAUCAGGAUUUUGGCAAGUACAUAAAUAUUUUCUCGAUCAUAUGGGACAAAUAAGAGAGCAACUACGUUUUAAACAAUCAAUUUUAGAUCGAGUGAAGAAUUUUCUCGAAAAAAAUAUCAAUAAAAAUGUUUCCACUUCAAUAGGCAUACAUAUUCGACGAGGCGAUUUUCUACGUGUUCGACGUGUUUCAUCCAACAAAUAUAUAUUCAAUGCAAUGUCGCAUUUCCUAAUAAAAUAUCAUUCAGUUAUAUUUAUUAUAGUAUCCGAUGAUAAAAACUAUUGUCGAAAAACAUUUGGUCAGAAAAAGAAUGUAUUAGUGACACCUGAUUCAUUCAAUGCUGCUGAUGAUUUGGCUACAUUGACUCUAUGUAAACAUACUAUUCUUACUGCAGGAACAUUUGGAUGGUGGGGAGCUUUUCUUUCACAUAAUCGAUUAGGUGAUGCAUUAACUGAUUCAAAAGCGGAUCAUACUCCUCUUGAUGUUAAUUGUCGGCAGGAUGACUAUUUUCCAUCAUGGUUUUUAUUUUUAAACAGUACGAAUUAA